UCUAAACUGUCUUCUUACCACACUCUCUUUCUUUUUAUACGUACAUUUCUUUCCUUUGCAAUAACAAUACAGUACCAAAAUCAAGUGCCUCACAAAAUGGGUUCAUCUUUAUCUUUCCUUUUAAUGCCACGUGUAUCCACCACCACCUCGCCGCCGGCGAAUCCCGGUCUCGGAGACUUGCCGGAGAGUUGUGUUGCGUCAGUUAUGGUUUAUUUAGACCCACAAGAGAUCUGUAAAAUUUCAAUGCUAAAUCGUGCUUUUAGGGACGCUUCUUCUGCUGAUUUUGUAUGGGAAUCUAAAUUGCCUUUGAAUUAUGGCUCUCUUAUUGAUAGAGUCUUUGCUGCUGAUGAUAAUUUUCCUACCAAUUUGUGUAAAAGGGAUAUUUAUGCUAGGCUUUGUCGACCCAAUUAUUUUGAUGGCGGCACAAAGAAGGUUUGGUUAGAUAAGGGAACAGGACGAGUUUGUCUAUCGAUAUCUGCAAAUGGAUUGGCGAUAACGGGCAUUGAUGAUAGGAGAUAUUGGAGUCGUAUUGAAACAGAUGAAUCUAGAUUCCAGUCCGUUGCAUAUCUCCAACAGAUUUGGUGGUUUGAAGUCGAUGGAGAGGUUGAUUUCCCAUUCCCAGUAGGGUCCUAUAGCAUUUUCUAUAGGCUGCAAGUUGGACGUGCCUCUCGGAGAUUUGGAAAGCGAAUUUGCAACUCCGAGCAUGUCCACGGAUGGGAUAAAAAACCAGUACAAUUCCAGCUUUCAACAUCAGACAACCAGCAAGCCACUACCCAGUGUUACUUGAAAGAAGCUGGAAAAUGGAAAUACCACCAUGUAGGAGACUUUGUUGUCACAGGAUCUACAGAAACCAUGAAAGUUAAGUUCUCCAUGACACAAAUAGACUGCACACACACCAAAGGUGGACUUUGUGUAGAUUCUGUGCUAAUAUGUCCGAGCGAGUUUACAGAGAGGUUAAAGCGUUUUUAGUGUGCUGCUAACCUUCUCAUUAGGAAAGAGUUUGUAAAAGAGUUAGAGGUAGCAGUAUCCAUGGUUCUGGAGAAGUUACUCUUAGCAGCGACGGUGAUCUAUGUUAGAUCGAGUAAAUCUGUGUAUACGUGUAUGGCGGGGUCUUUUAUUCCCAACUACUCGUAUUUAGGUAUGCGUAGUUCUUAGUGUAUGUUAAAUCGGACUACUUUUUGAUGUGCACUUUGAUCCUAGCAAGUGAAUUGAAUCUAGGAGUGCAUAUAUUCUCCUUUUGAGUUUGAUUUAAACGUUAUAUUGCUUUAUCAACUUUCAAUGAGAAAGCUUCCUCAAAUUGUGUUUCUUAGAGUUCUUGGUGUUGAAGAGUAGAGCUUUUCUUCCAACAACUAAUUCUUUGACUUAUAUAUGGGGUUUUUACUUUUCUAUACUAUAAUAGAAACCUAUUUACCAUCUUUAUUUAAGUUAUACAUAUGUUUUGAUCGCUGUAAGCAGUCACUAGUUUAAGCUAUUGGAGUCAAUUCGGUUCAUUCAGAAGCCCCUGCUGCGUAGCCCAACUUCUAAGCUUCAGCAUGCUUAUUACAUGGGAGAUUGACAGGAAUGCAGGCUUAUUACUUGGGAGAUUGACAAGAAUGGCCCCUUGGGGCUGAUCUUAGCCGAGCGUCCUUAAAAUUGGUGGUAUUUGAGAAAUGGCCCCACGCCCGUGCACUGCUCUUCAAGGGUUUUUCUACUGGAUUAAAUUUUCAUUGAAGUCUACAUGAUUGUCAUACUUUUUGCUCUUCGGGAUUUCUCUAUCGGAUUGCUAGAGUUGAUGUUA